CAGAGAAGGGUUUUGGCCGUCUCUGGGGAGCUGGCGAAGAGGCUCAGAGGUGGCCUACUCCUUCCUGGCUCCUGCUCACACCUUAUAGCUUCUGAAGAACACGCGCGACCUGAUUCCUUGCGAUUGACCUGCGCACCUGCGCCUUCUGGACUAGUAGAGGGAGGGGAAGGGGGCGGUGGUGGAAAUAGUCCCUUGGGACUGCCGACCGCAUCCCUGUGUGGUCGGCCCAGGUCCUGGCUGAAGGCGCGCUGCCUUCCCCGGGCCGGAGACGUGGACUGAUUCAGCUCUGCUCUAGCCUGGGAAGCUCCUCCCGAGCUCGUGUGACCCCGCAGGGUGGCGAGGUCUGCAGACUCGCCGAGGCUCGCCUCACAGCCAGGAUGACAGAUUCCGGACGAUCUCACCCCUCCCACUAUGCCACCUGCCAGUCAGUGCCCUGGGAGGAGCAAGAGGGUGGGCGCCCCCAAAACGGGCCAAUCAUAACUGGCGUUUGUCCUCGGCUCCGUUCCCCCCCACCCCCGCCACGGUUGCCUGGCAACUCCUCGACGCUCUGGGCUUCCAAACUUUGCCUUUUCCCUUCCUUUUCCGGGCGCUGCGGAAAGAACCAACAACGCGGGCCGGCCUACCUGCUGAGUCGUCAGCCCCCGAGUCUUCAGAGCGGGCCCCGGGCCCACCACCGAGACAGCGACCCUCCUGCCUUCCUAGAGAGGCAGCGGGGAGAAGGCGAGCGCCGAGGCCAGAGCCACUUCCGGCCUCGCGCGCGGCGGAAGACCUGUUGCGCCCGGAAGAAACCCGCGGCGCUCGAACGCGAGGGCCGCGUCUGGGCUUGGUCGUGACGCCCAGGGUCCGCCGCGCCGGAGUCCUGGCCCCUGCACCUCCUGCUGGCGCUCCGGCACCUUGCGGGCCCGCCCGGUGCUGCCUGCGAGAGCCCACGCGGAGGCGGAAUGCGUGUCCAGAUGCCACCCCAGCUGCCACUGGGGAUCCCUCUGGGAGACUGAAGGGCAGGCGCCCAGGUUGAGGCGGCCAGUAGAAUGGCAACCCCCCCAGAGCCUCAAGACCAGGCCCCUGGGGAGGGAGAAGGGCUUCUGAUUGUGAAGGUGGAAGAUUCCUCCUGGGAGCAGGACUCUGGCCAGCAAGAGGACAGCAGGGAUUCGGAGGCCUGCCGCCAGCGCUUCCGGCAGUUCUGCUACGGGGAUGCCGGUGGGCCCCACGAGGCCUUCAGCCAGCUCUGGGAGCUCUGCUGCCGCUGGCUGCGGCCCGAGCUGCGUACUAAGGAGCAGAUCCUGGAGCUGCUGGUGCUGGAGCAGUUCCUGAGUGUGCUGCCUGUGGGCAUCCAGGAUUGGGUAUGUGAACAGCACCCGGGGAGUGGCGAGGAAGCCGUUGCCUUAGUGGAGAACCUGCAGAAGCAGCCUGUGAAAGCCUGGGCACAGGAUGUGCCCUCAGAGGAGGCGGAACGCGAGGCUGCAGUCCAGGGAUCCCGGGCCAAGGCGCCUCCCCAGAAGGCAGGGGCACAGAGCCGGCCACCUUUGCCCUGGGAGCUGCACGGCCGCGGUGCCCAGCAACCUGCUCUUAAAGAGGCGAGGCCCAGAGAGACGACGGACACCCGCUUUUCCUCUGGGGGACCGGUGACUUUUGGAGACAUUCCCUUCUAUUUCUCCCGGGAGGAGUGGGGGUCCCUCGACCCUUCUCAGAGGGAUCUCUUCUGGGACAUAAAGAGGGAGAACUCCCGGAACGUUGCCCCGGGUUUGGGGUUCAAGAGCCCCAGCGAGAGACCCCAGCUGGAGGAGGUGGUGACCGCGAUCCCGGGCCAGGCCGUUGGCGACGUGGCUGCGUCCUGGAGGCCGGAGGCAGCGGAGGCCUGGGAGCGGGAGGCCCGGCCAGGGGCGCCCCGGGGGCGGGCGGCGGGGGCGCGGCGGGGGCGGCCGCCCACGCGCCGGCGGCAGUUGCGGGACCUGGUGGCCGAGAAGCCGCACAGCUGCGGCCAGUGCGGCAAGCGCUUCCGCUGGGGCUCCGACCUGGCGCGCCACCAGCGCACGCACACGGGCGAGAAGCCGCACAAGUGCCAGGAGUGCGACAAGAGCUUCCGCAGCUCCUCGGACCUGGUGCGCCACCAGGGCGUGCACACAGGCCAGAAGCCCUUCUCCUGCUCCGAGUGCGGCAAGAGCUUCAGCCGCAGCGCCUACCUGGCCGACCACCAGCGCAUCCACACCGGCGAGAAGCCCUUCGGCUGCAGUGACUGUGGCAAGAGCUUCUCACUGCGCUCCUACCUGCUGGACCACCGGCGGGUGCACACGGGCGAGCGGCCCUUUGGCUGUGGCGAGUGUGACAAGAGCUUCAAGCAGCGGGCCCACCUCAUCGCCCACCAGAGCCUGCACGCCAAGAUGGCCCAACCGGUGGGGUGAGGCCGGAGGGGCGGCCAAGCUGGGGCCGCACCGGGCAGAGUCCUCCAUCCUGGCCGCGCAGACAGGACUGCAGAGCCCCCCACUGCCCGGAACCCACCUCCCCCCGGGCCCAGCCAACGCCUCCAGGCGUGGAAUCCCCUGUGACCUCCCGGCCAUGCCCCCUGCUCCAGGUCUUUCUUGCCUCCCUCUGGUUUCCUGGAGCCCUGGUCCGUUUGGCUGGUGCUCUUAGAGCAGACGGUAGGUGGCUGGGGCACACGAGAGCUCAGCCUUGCUGGACCCUGUGGGGUCGGGCUUUCCGUCCUGCCAUGCUGUGCCUUCCCUCGGUGGUGGAGGCUAAGCCUCAGGGUGCUGCUGGGCUCUGCGAGGAUCUGGGUCCUGGGCCCCACCACAGGGGCCACCGGGUCCCCACCACUUCUCAUCUCCAGGCGCUGGCUGCUGGGCGCCAUCUGCCUCUGCUCUCAGCCAGCUGGCCCCCGGGAGUUCCUGAGCAUCACCCCGCCAGGCCGGGGAGAGUUGGGGGGGGGGCUCCAGGGAUGGAAGGCCAACAGUGCAGACCAAGAACAAGGCCGCAGGAGGCCCCCCCACCCCGCUGCUCCCCCCUCUGCAGGAGGCGUGGGGGUCAUGGUAUUUAACGCUAGCACUGUGUCACGACUCCUGAGAAGCCACAUUCCAUGCCGAUGGGCAUUCAAAGGGACAGACCCCAGGCCCUCCAAAGGAGGUGGCCCAGCUGGCCUCAAAAGGGCAGCAAAAAGGGUUUAAUAAACAUGAGAACUUCCCCCA